AUGGCUCAGGAGCUGAUGUCGGGAAACAAUCGGUUCCUGCUCAUGCCGUAUGGCGAUAGGUGGCGUGGCAUCCGCAAGAUCAUGCAUCAAGUCCUGAACUCGCGCCAAGCCGACAAGUUCCAGGUAUACCAGGAUAUUGAGUCGCGGCGUUUGUUGCAUGCCUAUCUUCGCCAUCCUGACAAGUGGUACCUUGCAAACCAGCAAUUUGCAAAUUCGGUCAUCCUCUCCGUCGUCCUGGGACGAACGUCAGAUAUGAACGACCCCACGUUAGCCGAGCUGCUCGCGACCACACAGGUUUUUUUGCGGAACAUUAAGCCAGGAGCGAAUCUAGUCGACAUGUUUCACUGGUUGGCGAGACUCCCGAAGUGGAUGCAGUGGUGGCGCCCAUACGGCCUCGCCCUGUUCGAAAGGUCCAAAGCCGUGUAUUUUCGAGAGCUAGAUCUCCUUAAGAAGAAGAUGGAGGACGGGACCGCCGAGCCAUGUUUCGCAAUCGACUACAUGCAGGCAAAGGGCGAAAUCAAUACCAAUGACCUCGAAACGAUAUUUGUGUUCGGCACUCUCAUGGAAGCAGGUAGCGAUACGUCCCGCGUGGCGAUCAGCCAGGGCAUUGCGGCAGCUGCCAUCUACGGCGACUGGGUCAAGAGGGCCAGAGAAGAACUAGAUGCGGUAUGCGGUGACGCUGAACGAUUACCAGAGUUGAGUGACCGUGAUCGGCUACCAUACCUGUCUGCCGUCACCAAAGAGAUUCUCAGAUGGAGACCUUUUAUCCAAUCUGGUACAGGCCGAGAGCUGAUCCAAGAUGAUGAGUACGAGGGCUACAAGUUCCCGGCCGGUACCGUCUUCACCUGGAACCCGUGGGCUAUCGCUUUGAACCCCAACGAAUACGAGGACCCUCUUACUUUCAAGCCGGAAAGAUUCCUGAAUGAGAAUCUCAGAAGCCCUCUGAAGGGCCACUGGGCCUUUGGAGCAGGUCGGCGUGCGUGCGUUGGAUACAACGUUGGAGAUACGAAUGUGUGGAUCGCCACAGCUCGACUGAUCUAUUGCUUUGAUUUUGAACAGGUUCCGGAUGCGCCGAUCGACACGUUCUACACCAUCUGGGAAGCCCACGACAAGCCUGCGUUCCCCGUCAAAAUCAAAUGUCGCAGUCAAAAGCACGCCCAGCUUAUCGAAAAUAUGUAUGCGAGGCAGACAGGCUGA